AUGGAUAUGGCAGUAAGGGCAGCAGAGGCCCUAUUGGCAUUUAUGAGAGAAGGAUGUGGAAAGGAAUUCUCUGAGCGCCUCAGAACCCAGGGCUGGCCGGAAAAGGAGACUCUUGAGAUGAUAGUGAAUUGGGGUGUGUCGCAGAUUCUUAGGGAGCACACGGGGCAUCAGAGGGUAAUGGAUGCCCUCACCACCAUGAAGCAGACCUUCCGCACAACAUUUUUGCAGCUAGAGAGGAUGACUUGGAGAGCUAGUAAAGUGGCAGAAGAACACACCUUAUCCUUGGAAAGAGAGGUUGCACUAAAGAAAAGAGUAGAGGGAGGAGUUCCUGGUUCGGAAAGAUUGCGAGACUGUAAAGUUUUAGAAAAUAUUACCAAGGCUCAAGCAGAUGAGGGGCGACUUUAUGGUGCCAUAGGUGCAGCUCCUGCAGUUGUUCUGGAAGCAUGGGAUUUACUGAAGGGACGCAAGGCAACAUGCCACCCUUCAUAUAUGAACCAGCUAGUUUCUGCAGUGCCAGAGGACAGUAGUGUACAGGUAGAUGGACCUGUUAGUACUUGCCAAGGCCCUGCCUUGACAUUAGACUUUGCACUAUCUCUAGUUGAACAACUUUAUGGCAAGCAAAAUUCAAAGGAAAUGCAGAAGUUUGCAGUGCAACAGGGCUGGAAAGAAGGUGAAGUUGGAAAAGAAGAACACAAUGCUGAAGACUGGGCAUUGGCAAAAGUUCCUCUAGUUCUUGUUCCCAUUGCAAAUGGAACAGAUGAGGUAGAAGCUGUUAUAGUUAUAGAUGUUCUGAGGAGAGCAAAAGCAAAUGUCAUCGUUGCUUCUGUAGAAGACAAUCUGCAAAUUGUGGCUGCAAGAGGAACAAAAAUUGUUGCUGAUAAGCUUAUUGAAGAAGUCAUUCAAUCAAAUUAUGAUUUGAUCCUUUUGCCGGGUGGUCUGCAUGGAGCUGAAAGAUUAGGUUCGUGCGAACACCUGGUCAAAUUGCUUAGAGAGCAAGCAAAAUCAAACAAAGUUUAUGGAGCUAUAUGUGCAUCAGCAGUAAUGCUGGACAACAAGGGUUUGUUAAAGGGUAAAAAAGCUACAUCUCAUCCACGCCAUUCAAGCAGGCUCUCAGACCAGAGUGCAGUGAAUGUAAGAGUUGUAGUUGAUGGCAAGGUGAUAACAAACAUGGGCGUAGGAGCUACCAUGGAAUUUGCAAUGACUAUUGUUGAAAAGGUCUUUGGGUUGGAAACAACCAAUCUUAUUGCUGAAGCCUUGGUUUUCUCAUAGGCUGAUGGAACUAUCACUUGUAUGGCUUCAACAAUAACUCAUCAAAAUAAUAUUUUAUUAGAUGAGAAAAAAUCAAUGCUUAAAAUAUUAACCUUUGAAUUAUCAGCCAUGUAUAUAUGCCAGAUUUUUUUGUUAAAUAGCUUUGGAAAUCACAGUGUGCUAUUCUCUUCAUUGAAUGAACUGUAUGUUUCUUCUCAAUUUUCCCAUAUUAUCAGAUAAAGGUUAAAGAACUGCAAAUUUAGAUC